AUCAAACAUAUGGCUAUUGACGCACUAUAUUGUGGCUGCUUUGCAGCUAUAUUCAUUUCAUUUUUCUGCUGCUCUGUCGAAUCUACCGAGGAAGCUCUCGACAUCAUAAAGGUACUUAACACAACUCAGCCCCUCUUCGUGUACUACGUUGGCCGCGCGAUCUCCGGAGUCAACUGCGAUCAGAAAUGCAACAAAACAACGUUGACCUGCCAAUAUAUACGUACAACUGAAAUUAGCAAUACCUCAGUCCAAUACAACGAGUCAUCAUCACUGGUGGGCUCAAACUGGACUAAUGUAUAUCGCGCAAAUUUUAGUACCAAGGCAACGCCACCUGUUGAGAUGGAAUAUGAGAGGGUAUCACCACCAGAGAAAUCUAAGGACAAAUUUUUCAUGAGACUCAAUUAUACUACGCCAAGAACAUACAACUGCAGUGUUUUCAUCGCGGCUCUUAGAGGUCAAGACUACUUGGUAUCGUCCAUGUGCAUUGCACGUGUUGCCGGAGUCAAAAUAAAAGUGACCGGCCCUACAACGUGCAGCUGUCAGUUCACAGUUCCACCGGUGUGCCUCGUACCACAUUCUGUGAAUGCCCUGCAGGAAAGAGUGGAGCCUGCAGCCACAUCCUUGCAACAGUACGCCUGCUAG